AUGGAUCACCGUCCGCAAGCAUGGGGUCGGCCUAGAGACGACGUCUACGGCGCCUACGACCACUCCUACAUGCAGGAGAACGGGCCCAAGCAAAACACCCAGCAGCCCAUCGUCACUGGUACCUCAGUAAUAGGAAUCAAGUUUAAGGACGGCGUCGUCAUCGCCGCCGAUAACCUGGCUUCAUACGGUUCCCUCGCUCGCUUCACCGACGUCAAGCGUCUCCGCCCCUUCGCCGACUCAUCCAUCCUCGGCUUCAGCGGCGACAUCUCCGACAUGCAGUACCUCGACCGCCACCUCACCGAGCUCUCCCUCUCCGAGGCCUACGAGUCCCCCGACAAGCCUCGCCUCAACGCCGCCAACCUCCACCGAUACCUCUCCAAGCUCCUCUACAACCGCCGCUCCAAGUUCGACCCGCUCUGGAACCACCUCCUCGUCGGCGGCCUCGACGACAACGGCGAGCCCUUCCUCGCCGCCGCCGACCUCCUCGGCAGCACCUACUCCGCCCCUUCCCUCGCCACGGGCUUCGGCGCCAUGCUGGCCCAGCCCAUCAUGAGACGCUACGUCCCCGACGAAGAGGCGGCCAAGAAGCUCUCCCGCGAGGAGGCCGUCGAUAUCGUCAAGGAGGCCAUGAAGGUGCUCUUCUACCGUGACGCUCGAAGUCUGGAUACCUACUCAUUAGCCGUUGUAACCAAGGAUGGCGUCGAACUGAAGGAGGACGAAAAGCUGGAGAACCAAAGCUGGGCAUUUGCAGACAGGAUCAAGGGUUACGGCACUCAGACAGUCUAG